UUUGUGUCACUUUGAUUUGCAAGAUGGAUGGUGCAAGUUAAUCCCACACAAGCCAAACCGCUGCUGUAGAUUAUGAAAACAGGAUUAAAAGGGAAAGUAGGCGAAAAAAAAUCUCCCUCAUCUUACUUUUGUUACAUGAUUUAUUUUUUAAUCUGAUUUUCUCUAGAUUUCGAGUUUUUUUUUUUUUUUUUUUUUGAAAAUACGAAGAACAGAUUUGAGAACAGAUCAGGUCUGUCAUGGUAAAUGAAGAGAAAUGUAUAUUUGAAACAUAGUAAAGGAGAAAUCAUAUUGUUCUGUUAAGGAAAAAUGACCUGGAAAUUGAUAUACAUUAUCUGCCCUCUUCUGUCGCUCUACUGCAAUACAUCAGUAGCAGAUAUUCCUAUACUCACAGUAAGUGAUGAAAAACCUGAAGCAAACUGUGCCGACUUCAACAACACAACUUGGAAAAGAUACAGACAAUUGAAAGGUGUACAAGUCCAGUAUCUGCUCUUAACAAGGAGGAAUGCAAACUGCCCUAGUUUCUUUACCCAGGAUUGUCUCAACCAUACACAAACACAUACUGCACACUUUAACAGUACACUCCCCACCAAAGUUAUUAUUCAUGGAUAUAGUGCUCUAGGCAGGAAGCCGUCCUGGGUGAGUGGUUUAGCUCAGGCUUUGUUAGAGAGAGAAGAUGCCAACAUCCUGGUGGUAGACUGGCUUGGUGGUGCCUCUUAUGCCUACAACCAGGUUGUGGAUAAUUACAAGGAGGUGGCUGUGCAAAUAUCAAUUCUUAUAAAUCAGCUGAGGACCAGUGGUGUAAAUUUGGAAUCCUUUCAUCUCAUUGGUAUAAGCCUGGGAGCUCAUGUAGCAGGAUUUGUGGGAACUCUGUUUGCAGGCAAGCUGGGACAAAUUACAGGUCUGGACCCAGCAGGGCCCAUGUUCAAAAAUGCUGACCCAUAUGACCGCUUGGAUCCCUCAGAUGCCAUGUUUGUUGAGGCUAUUCACACUGACUCUGACUAUUUUGGCAUUUCUAUUCCUGUGGGACAUGUGGAUUUCUUCGUGAAUGGUGGGCUGGACCAAACUGGAUGCGUACGGUCAAGUUUUGCAUCAAUUUUUAUUUAUUUUCCAGUGUAUGGUUAUGUAAUCUGUGACCAUAUGAGGGCGCUGCAUGUGUACAUGAGUGCACUGAAAGGCUCCUGUCCACUCACUGGCUUCCCCUGCUCCAGUUAUGAGAAUUUCCUGGCUGGCCAAUGUACCAGCUGUGAUGGCCUCAAUGGCCACAACAACGUUUGCCCACAGAUAGGCUUGCUGGAGAACAGUGGGAUAACGUCACCAUUACCCAUACAAGAGAAAGUCUAUCUCCUGACUACAUCUGAAGUUCCCUUUUGUGUCCAUCACAUAAUAAUUGAGCUGAAAGUGUCUCCACUGAUCAAAAGUGCUGUGGUGCAGGUCACACUGGACUCCAUGCAAGACAUCAAGACAUCAUCGAAACUCCAUCUACAGACCGGCAAAACCAUUUAUAAGAAAGUGGUAGGGCAUCCAGUGCAACUGUGCAAGAUUGAGUCUAUUCACAUACAGAAUAUUGGAGCAUUAUUCUACAAUCAAAGACACAUCCAUUUUGAAUACAUCUGUAUCUCCGAGAUUCCUAAAAUAAGAAGGCUGGACGCAUUGUGUGUGGAGAACAUCAAGAUUAGCAGGAGUUCACUGUGGUCACAUGAUCUUAUCCAGGUGUGCUGAACAUCAAGAGGGCGAGAGGAAACUCACACAAUGGACAAAAUGAGAAAAUGCAUCUGAUAUUGUACAAAUGUACAAAGUACACAUUAGAACAGUACAUGUAAAUACAACAGCAUUUAUUAAAGUGUUCCACUAAAAAGCACACAUAUUGCAUGUAUAGUGUAAAAAUGCAAUUUACAAAUUCAGUAACAUUAAAAGUAACAUUAUUCAUGAUAUUUAGUCAGAUAUUACUGACAAAUUACAAGGGACGUUCAAGUCAAACCGGGAUUUUGAUUGUGCUGAAUAACACCAAUUCAUUUAUCCCAGUAUUUCACUAUUGUCAAGAUUCCCUCUACAGUAUGGCCUAAACAUGUGGAAAUGGCUUGGAGUGAGGUUUUGAUUGUACUGGGAUGUGUCAGUAACUUCCAGCCAAGUUCCUAGAAUAUUCAAGUGGUGUUUGUGAAUCAUUGCAAGGACAUAUGGCCUUCUUUAAAAUGUCUGUACCAUUCAAGAGUCAAAACGGUUUUACAACUUCAUUCACAAGAAUUUUCAUCAGACG